AUUUGCGUUGGCAGCGAAAGAACAAACAAGAGGCUGUUACAGUCAUAGAAGUCGGAUACGUGCACGACUCCCAUUUUCAAAAACCACCCAAUCAAAAAUCAAACCGCAAGAAAUCUCUCGACGAACCGAACGAACCUCGAAUUAUGGCUACGUGUGGCCUCUGGACGCCGCGGUCUUUUUCUCCCCGCCGGAGACUCUGUAACUUCUCAUCCAGUCGCCGCUCUCCCUUCUCAGUGAUCAGACUCGACAGAGAGCGCGUCUCGCGGAGAGUCUCCUGUAGCUACAACAACCAGGAGAACGAUAGGGAUCAUCGUCCUCAAUCUUCCGGAAUCCAAGUCUACGGCGAGAUCGAGAGGUUGCUAACGGAGACUGUGAAGCAAUCUCAAAGUAGCUCCGCUGGAUCCGCUGACUGGUCAGAAGUAGAGGGAGCUUGGGUGCUCAAACCUAGAAACUCGAAUCCAAAGAUGGUUGCUCAUUUCAUUGGAGGGAUCUUCGUUGGUGCAGCACCUCAGCUUACUUAUCGAUUGUUUCUUGAGAGAUUAGCUGAGAAGGAUGUGUUGGUUAUUGCCACACCGUAUGCUAGUGGUUUUGACCACUUUGCUAUUGCGGAUGAAGUACAGUUUAAGUUUGAUAGAUGCUGCCGAUCUCUACAUGAAUCAGUGCAGGAUCUUCCAUCUUUUGGUAUCGGUCAUUCACUGGGAUCCCUCAUUCACCUUCUCAUUGGAUCACGGUAUGCUGUUCAGCGAAAUGGGAAUGUAUUUAUGGCAUUCAACAACAAGGAAGCGAGCUUAGCUAUUCCUUUGUUCUCCCCAGUUCUAGUCCCGAUGGCUCAGAGCCUUGGACCACUGUUAUCACAGGUAGCAACAUCCCCGACAGUCCGCCUUGGGGCAGAGAUGACCCGGAAGCAAUUAGAAACUCUCAGCCCUCCCAUCAUGAAGCAAAUUCUACCACUAGUAGAACAGCUCCCUCCCCUGUACAUGGACUUGGUAAAAGGAAGAGAAGAUUUUAUUCCAAAACCAGAAGAAACAAGACGCCUUAUAAGAUCCUACUACGGAAUCUCAAGGAAUCUGUUGAUAAAAUUCGAGGAUGAUUCAAUAGAUGAAACAUCAAUCCUAGCUCAGGUGCUUGGCGUGGAAUCAUCCAUAAGCUCAAAGCUAGACAUGUCUAUCCGUACACUUCCAGGGGAUCACGGUCUUCCUCUGCAACAGGCUCUUCCAGAUGUUCCACCAGCAAUGGCUGAUGCGGUGAACAGAGGAAGUGAGUUUUUGGCGAAUAUGGCUGUUGGGACACCGUGGGAGUCCGUGGCGAAAGAGGUUGGAGGUACGUUGGGAAUGGACUCGAAGAUUCUUAGUGCAUACACGUCCAAAGAUCUUGCCCAGCUCGUGGAUGCAAUCACAUCUUGGAUGGCGUCAAAUAUGGGUCCAAAACUUCUGAGAUGAUAAUGUUGUUACUCACUCUCAUGUACACAAAAUAAUCUAAUAACACAGGUACAAAUGUAUACAUAAAAGUUGAUAGAAUUAUUAUUUGCUUAUAUAUAUUAUUAUAAUUUUGUUUGUAGACAUCA